AACCGCCUUUGUUUCAUUAAAAAAAAAAAAAAUGGCUGCCGCCAGGUUGUCUGUUUUCUGCAGAAAAGUUUCAGCUGCCGCGAAGGCUUCUAGAUCGUUUAUAAAUCUUCAGGCCCCUGCCGGCACAAGUUGCAGGUUUUCUCUUACUCUGUUGCCUAAGAAUACAGUAAAUGUCACAUCUCUUCAGCAGUGUAGAUUACUUCAUACCACAUUGUCAAGGAAAGGACUAGAAGAAUUUUUUGAUGACCCAAAGAAUUGGGGGGAAGAAAAAGUGAAAUCUGGAGCUGCAUGGACCUGUCAGCAAUUAAGGAACAAAAGUAAUGAAGAUUUACAUAAACUUUGGUAUGUUCUACUGAAAGAAAGAAACAUGCUCCUAACCCUUGAACAGGAGGCAAAGCGUCAGAGGUUGCCAAUGCCAAGCCCAGAGCGAUUAGAAAAGGUAGUAGAUUCCAUGGAUGCACUAGAUAAAGUUGUUGAGGAAAGAGAAAAUGCCUUAAGACUUCUUCAGACUGGUCAAGAGAAAGCUAGACCUGGUGCUUGGAGAAGAAACAUCUUCGGAGAAAUCAUCUGGCACAAGUUCAAGCAGUGGCCUAUCCCGUGGUACCUAAAUAAAAGAUACAACAGGAAGCGAUUCUUUGCGAUGCCUUAUGUGGAACGUUUUGUCAGAUUGAGACUUGAGAAACAAAUUCGCAUCAAAACAAGGAAGAUAAAUUUACAGAAAAGGAAAGAAAAAAUUCUUCAGGAGAAGUUUCCACAGCAUACUAAAGCACUGAAAUCAAGUCUUGUCUAAGACAUUAGAACUUUUUUUUUUUUUUUAACCAGAACACUGCUCAUUUCUAGCUUAUGGUGGUGCCAGGGGAUUGAACAGGGGACAGCUGGUGCUUCAAGCAUGAAAGUCCCUGACCCUAACUUACCAUGUUGCCCCCCCCAUUGGCCUAUAAACAAAAGUAAAUAUAUUUUAAAAUGUCUUACAAAGCCAAAUGACUGUUGUUGUUAUUGUUUUAAGAUGGAGGCAGAAUGAAAGAGACCACUGCACCGAAGUGUCCUUCAAACCUGGGUUGCACACACAGCAAAGCAGCUUGCUGUCCAAAUAACUGGUUUUGCCAGCAGAUUUGAUUGUUUAAGUGUUACUACAGCACACUAAUGCUUCUACCAAAACUUUAAAGUCAGAUAGAAAAUCCAGGUUAAAAUUCCUGUUUUUUAAAUUCUGACAUUUGGACAUCUUAGUAUUUGCAUAUCAUGAGUAUCUUAAAGUGGUAUAAAUGAUGUCAACUGCUCCUUUAAAGGCAAAAGGCUUUAAAAAAAAAUUAAGGUCACUUUAAGCAGCAAAUCACAACACACAACAUUUCAAAAAUGUGUUUCUGGAAUAGCUAGUAAUUUUUAUUUUGCAAGCCUGAGGUAAAAAGCAUAGGCAAUAAGCUUUACUAGUUAAUAAAAGUAAUUCUACCAACCCACUGAUAAUAUACUAAACAGAGUUGGAAAGCAUUUUACUGAAAGCAAAAUAUUUAGAGAAAAUAGACAUUUAUACAAAAUUAUAAAAUGCUUGUAUUAAGAAUAAGUGCAUUUGCACAAACUUAAUUUAUAGAACCAGUUAAAGCCUUAAAAAUUUAAAUGGGAAUUGAAAUAUGCAAAAAUGUAUAAACAUUCUACAAAAGAUGGUCAAUCUUUUCCUGAGUAUACUAAAGCUAUGAAACAUAAGGUGACACAGGAAGGCAGAGAUGUGGGAGCUCCUCAAGGGCAUUUCCUUUCUACACACUGCUUCCCUCCUUCUUCAUACUCUUGCUUGGAAAUCCACAUCUGUUGAAAGGUGCCC